UUGCUUACUCUCAAACACACUACAACAAAACCACUCUCACUUUCAAAUCCCUUUGUCUUUCUGUUUUUCUACUUUCAACCAUACCUCAAAAACUCAAAACAAAAAUGAUAACUUGUGACCAAACAUGGCCCGAACCUAUUGUUCGAGUCCAAUCCUUAGCCGAAAGUGGCCUAAACUCAAUCCCAUCAUGCUACAUCAAACCAAGUUCCCAAAGACCAUCUAAAACCAACCUCACCCCUCAAAACGAUCAUAUCAAUAUCAACAUACCUCUGAUUGACCUUGAGCACGUCUCUAGUGAGGAUCAGAUCCUCAGGAAGACAGUGCUCAAGAACGUCUUAAAGGCGUGUCGGGAGUGGGGUUUUUUCCAAGUUGUGAACCAUGGGAUUGACCAUGAGUUGAUGAAGAGUGCUAAAGAAGUGUGGCGUGAGUUCUUUAACCUUCCACUUGAAGUGAAAGAAGAGUUUGCUAAUUCUCCUACUACUUAUGAGGGUUAUGGUAGUAGGUUGGGAGUGAAGAAAGGUGCUAUUUUGGAUUGGAGUGACUAUUUUUUUCUUCAUUAUAUGCCUCCUUCUCUUAGAAACCAAGCUAAGUGGCCUGCACUUCCAUCAUCUUUGAGGAAAGUGAUUGAUGAAUAUAGUGAAGAAGUGGUUAAGCUAGGAGGGAGAAUAUUGGAAAUAAUGUCAACAAAUCUUGGUUUGGAAGAAGAUUUUCUUAUGAAUGCAUUUGGGGGAGAAAAUGAGCUUGGUGCUUGUUUAAGGGUUAAUUUUUAUCCAAAGUGUCCACAGCCUGACCUUACUUUAGGGCUGUCUUCUCACUCUGACCCUGGUGGUAUGACCAUUCUUCUACCUGAUGAUUUUGUGUCUGGACUUCAAGUAAGAAAAGGAAAUGAUUGGAUCACUGUUAAGCCUGUCCCUAAUGCUUUUAUCAUCAACAUUGGUGACCAAAUUCAGGUGAUGAGCAAUGCAAUAUACAAGAGUGUAGAACACAGGGUGAUUGUGAAUCCAAUACAAGAUCGUGUUUCAUUGGCUAUGUUUUACAAUCCAAAAAGUGAUUUACUCAUUCAACCUGCUAAGGAGCUUGUGACAGAGGAAAAGCCAGCCCUUUAUCCACCAAUGACCUAUGAUGAAUAUAGACUUUAUAUUAGGAUGAAAGGACCUUGUGGAAAAGCCCAAGUUGAAUCAUUGGCUUCUGUAUGUAAUUAAUUAAUUAAUUUGUUAAUUAAUUAAUUAAUUCCAAUAAUAACUAUGUAGUAAUUUGCAAAUGAUGAAUUUGCUUAUGAUAAAAUAAUUGGAUAUGUUGCUCUAUAAUUGAGAAAUUGAACUUUUGUUUAAUUAUAAAGUAUAUUAAAUUGAAUCACAUGUACUAAUGUAA